AUGUAAGGUUAACCCAUCCCAUUCAUUGAGUUAAAGGAAACUUAAACUUAAGAAGGAAUGGAGACUGUUUUCGAGAUUCAUCCUUAGGCAAUUAAGAUGUUGUAAUCAAUUGCUGACAGAAAAGUAUUCACUUCUAAUGGGAUAUUUAGGUAGCUGUUCUUACAAUUGCAGGUCCAUAGAGAACAGGAAAGUCCUUUUUAGCCAAUAGGGUGUUAAAGAGAUAAAAGGGAUUCGCUGUUGGGCCAACAACAAUGCCAUGCACAAAAGGGAUUUGGCUAUGGAGCUAACCCAUACCAUUAAAUGAAAACACUUCGAUCUUAUUGAUGGAUACCGAAGGAUUAAACUCAGUCUAAAGAGACUUGGGAGUCGACACUAAAAUAUUCUCAAUAUCUUUGUUGCUGUCUUCGAUGUUUGUAUUUAAUCAAUUGGGUCAUAUUGAUGAACAGUCGAUAGAGAAUCUCUCUCUUGUUAUUAAAUUGAGUGAGAACAUCAGCGUAGGAUCCGAGGAUAAAAGUUUGAGUCAAUUUUUUCCAACAUUCCUUUGGGUAUUACGAGAUUUCUCACUUGAUUUAAGAGGACGUACUCCAAGUGAGUAUUUGGAAUUUGCACUUCAAGAUCAAUCCAAUCCAGGUCCCGAUGGAGAGAGAAAAAAUCUUAUUAGAAGAAAGAUUAGAGAGUAUUUUAAAUUCAGGGAUUGCCUCUGCAUGGUGAGACCAAUAUAGGAUGAAAGAAGACUAGCUAGAGUGGAAGAAGAGGAUUGGAAUGCCUUAAGACCAGAAUUCAUUUCAGCUGUUUAAGAGUUCGAGAGAAGGGUGUUCAAGUGCAUUCCUCCAAAAUAAAUCAAUGGCACCACUCUAACUGCUGAAAUGUUUCUGAAACUCUCCCUUGAAUAUGUCGAUGCCAUCAAUUCUGGAGGAAUCCCUUAGAUCUUAACUAGUUUAGAUAGAGUCAUUCAACAGGAGGCAAGAAAUCUCUUGGAAGAGCUGAAAAGUCUAUAUUCCAAAAAGUAUUCAGAUGCGUUGUCCAAGAUGAAGCCUCCAUUUGAUGAUGAGGAACUGAAAUCUUUGAAGAAACAAAUCGAAGCUGAAAUCUUCUAAAGAUUAGAUUAAAAAUCAAAAGAAAUAAUUGACAACUCUAAAAUUGUAAGUAUGAAAACAGAAUUACAUGAAAUGAUGGAACAGGAUUUAUAAACCAGAUUAGAAAUUAACAAAGAAUAAUCGACUACUUUGGCUAAUUAAAUCCUAUAGAAAUUUUUUAAUACUUAUCAAGUUCCAGUUUUAGACAAUGUUGAUAGCAUUAAACCCUCUCUCUUAGUAGAGCAAUUUCAAACUUACAGCCGUUUUUUUAAAUAUUAUAUGGAAAAUGUUAAGGGCUAUUCUAAAUACAAGCAUUUUUCUGAAAAAGUGCCUUCAUUUCUAUUUAGUUACUUUGAAAAACUUAUUUUAAGUGUUUAAAAAGUCUACAUAGAAGAAAACAAUUCAACUAAAAAGUAUCUAGUAUAAGCAAGGGAAGGCGAAGAAAGACUGAGGAAAACUAUUGCCAAUUAAGAAAGCUUAUUAUAUGAAAUCUAAAAGGAAAGGGAUUAGUUAAAGUAUGAAAUAGAAAACUGGACUAGGGAGACCAAUAAACAAGAAAAAAUUAAAAGUCUUGAAUUGGAGGCUUGUUAAGCCAAAGUAGCCCAUUUAACUUCAGAUUUGCAAAACAAAAAAGAAAAGAAUUAAAAAUUAAAAUAGGAUGUUUAAAAUUUAUAAGAGUAACUCCAAAGAGUAAGGAAUGAAUUAAAUGGAAAAAGAGUUGAAUGUCAACAACUAUUAAAACGAAUGAAUGAGGACAAUUAAUCCUUCAGAGAACCAGGGGAAGAGGUAUUUAACCUUAUAAUUAUUAGAUCUCCAAUGAUUUGGUGUUAUAAUAUAAGGAUAUGAAAUAAUAAGCUCAUUAGAUGAAUGAUUUUUUCAAAAGAAGAGCUAUGGAUCAUUCACAACAAAGCAUCUUUCUAUAGGAGAUUUCAAAACUAUAGCAAGAUAAAUUUAAUGAGAUCAUUAAACUAAGAGAAGAUUAUAAACAAAAAAAAUAAAAAAUGAAGGAGGAAUUAGAGCAAGAAAAGUAAUUAUAUUUCUUAAAUUUAGAAAAGCCUUGAAGAAUAACCUUGAACAUUUUAUUAAAUAAAAUGAAGAAUUAAAAGCUAAAAAUAUGACCUAUUAUGAGAAAUAUGAGCAAGCCCAAAAAAAUCAGUAACAUCUUAAGGUAUUUUUUGAAUGCUAUUUUGGAUAGUAAAUUUAAUAAGAAAAUCAAAAAUUAUCUCAAAGAUUGGAAGAAAAAUCAGAAAAUUUAGAUAUGCAUAUCUAAGUCAUUGAAAAUUUCACUAAAGACAUUGAAAAACUAACUAGUAUACGGGAAGAUCUUGAAUAAAAGCUUGCAUUCAUGAAUUCGGAGAAAAGUUAGUUGAUAUCAUUUAAAGAGAGCUUUCCAUAUAUACUAAAGGGUAAUAUCCUAUGCAUUAUAUCAAAUAGAGGCGUUAAAAUGGGUGUUAAAGUAAAAUUCAAAAAUAAAACAUGCCAUGAAGUCAGUGGGUGAAGAAGAGUAAAAGAUAAUUCGCGAUUGUUUUCAUGAAGUUGGAAUAAAUGUGUGA